AAGCGUGCCUGGCUGCAAUGAAGCGUACGAAGCCCCUUUCGAGCAGUAGUUAUGGCGAAGGCUCGGAGCUUCCGAAUUUCGGUAUUUUUGUUCGCAUUUGUUUUUCUUCAUUCAGCGAUGCAGAACGACGGCAAUUCAGGGGCCAAUGCAGCUACUACAACUCCACGUCCUCUUAGCCCACCUCCUAGCUGCGUUGGCUGUAUUUCAGGUCUUGCGGCUCGUCUGAGACCACAAACUAACCCAAGACCACAGCAUGGUCCAGGACAACAACCUAGUUCAGGACAGCAACCGGAUCCAGGACGACAGUCUAGUCCAAGGCGACAACCUGUUCCACUACCUGGUCCAGGGCCUGUUCCAGGACCUCCCCUUCCAUCUCCUCCCCGAGAAUCUCCUGCCUCACCUGGUGGCCACCGUCCACUUGGCCCACUAGGACGACAACCUAGUUCAGGACAGCAACCGGAUCCAGGACGACAGUCUAGUCCAAGUCGACAACCUGUUCCACUACCUGGUCCAGGGCCUGUUCCAGGACCUCCCCCUCCAUCUCCUCCCCGAGAAUCUCCUGCCUCACCUGGUGGCCACCGCCCACUUGGCCCACUAGUGUUCAGGGACAUGUGGAGACGUGCAACGAUUGGUAAUCCUCGGAGAGACAGCGGCUGACUGGGCUGGUUCUGCUGGACAAUUUUCCAAUCAUGACGAGUGAAUCGAUCAGUUGAGCAAUAAAGCUUUCUGAAAUCUAAUA